AUGGCCUUUUGGUUAUUCUGCUGCUUUGCAAUCUUUGGAUGUUCCUCCAAACCCCCAGGUACGAAUCAGACUUCAGGUGGUUAUUACAAGAGGAUGCAUGAUUAUUUCAAUGAGCAUAAGCCUGAAGGGUCCAACCGUAGCCAGAUUGCAAUUCAGCAUAGGUGGGCAUUGAUUCAGAAAGCGAUGAACAAGUUCUGUGGGCACAAAGAAGCUAUUGAUAGGCUGAAUGAGAGCGGAAAAAAUGAGCAGGGAUCGGGACGAACCUUUUACCAUCAUGCAUUGCUGGGAAAAACUUCGCUUGAUGAGGCCAAAUGGAACAAUAAGUUUCUUGAGCUAAACAACUGUACAUCACCGGAUGGAAUGUCAUCUCCAACUCAAAGCCAUAGUGUGGCUGGCCAUGCAGAAUCUGGGAAUGAGAAUAUAGACACAUCAUGUCUUGAGGGUAGGGAUAGUGCGAAGAGGCGUAGAUCAAAGAGCUUCACAGAGACAUCGUCAUCUAGUACAGCUGUUGAAGUCCUCCAACGGUUGCAGGAGAAAUCAGAGAAGACCGAACAGAAGCAAGAUCAGCAAAUGACUGAAAUCCUUAGUAGGAAGGAUGAAAAAAUUAGAAUUCAAAAGGAUCUUUUCAACCUUCAGAAGAAGCAUAUGAAGAUGAGUGUACAACAGAAAAAGAAGGAAAAUGCGAUUAGAGAGGAGUCAGAGGCUCACCUGAUAUCAGCUGAGUCUAGUAUUAUGUCAGUUGACAUUGAGAAGGUCCCCCUUUAUCUGAAAAACUAUUAUCCGGCAUGCAAAUGCGGCAAAUCAUGGAGCGCAGAGAGGAUUCAUCAGCCCUCGAACAAUGAAGACUAA